AUGUACGACGCGGACGAGGAUAUGCAGUAUGAUGAAGAUGAUGAUGAAAUCACUCCAGAUUUGUGGCAAGAAGCAUGCUGGAUUGUAAUUAGCUCCUAUUUUGAUGAAAAGGGUUUGGUCCGACAACAGCUGGACUCCUUUGACGAGUUCAUCCAGAUGUCUGUGCAGAGAAUUGUGGAGGACGCUCCUCCUAUUGACCUGCAGGCUGAAGCCCAGCACGCUUCCGGAGAAGUGGAAGAGCCACCUCGCUACCUACUGAAGUUUGAGCAGAUUUACCUCUCCAAGCCUACUCACUGGGAAAGAGAUGGCGCCCCAUCCCCGAUGAUGCCGAAUGAAGCCAGACUGCGCAACCUCACGUACUCCGCCCCCCUCUACGUGGACAUCACCAAAACCGUCAUCAAGGAGGGAGAAGAGCAGCUUCAGACACAGCACCAGAAAACCUUCAUUGGGAAAAUUCCCAUCAUGCUGCGGUCCACCUAUUGCCUCUUGAACGGUCUGACCGAUCGUGAUCUCUGUGAAUUGAACGAGUGUCCCCUCGACCCCGGUGGCUACUUCAUCAUUAACGGAUCAGAAAAGGUUCUGAUUGCUCAAGAGAAAAUGGCUACAAACACUGUGUAUGUGUUUGCCAAAAAAGAUUCCAAGUACGCGUACACCGGAGAGUGCAGAUCUUGCCUGGAGAACUCUUCCCGCCCCACGAGUACCAUAUGGGUCAGCAUGCUAGCCAGAGGAGGGCAGGGGGCAAAGAAGAGUGCCAUCGGUCAGCGCAUUGUAGCCACUUUACCAUAUAUCAAGCAAGAAGUCCCCAUCAUCAUUGUCUUUCGGGCAUUAGGUUUUGUGUCUGACAGAGACAUUUUAGAGCACAUAAUUUAUGACUUUGAAGAUCCAGAGAUGAUGGAAAUGGUGAAGCCAUCUCUGGAUGAAGCGUUUGUCAUCCAGGAGCAGAACGUUGCCCUGAACUUUAUCGGCUCCAGAGGGGCAAAACCUGGUGUUACCAAGGAGAAGAGGAUUAAAUAUGCCAAAGAAGUCUUGCAAAAGGAAAUGCUUCCUCAUGUGGGUGUCAGUGACUUCUGUGAAACGAAAAAAGCCUAUUUCUUGGGGUAUAUGGUCCAUAGAUUACUGCUGGCCGCUUUGGGCCGGAGAGAACUGGAUGACCGAGAUCACUAUGGAAACAAAAGGCUGGACCUUGCUGGACCCUUGCUUGCGUUUUUGUUUCGAGGUAUGUUUAAGAAUUUGCUCAAGGAAGUGAGAAUAUACGCCCAGAAGUUUAUUGACCGAGGGAAGGACUUUAACUUGGAAUUGGCGAUUAAGACGAGGAUCAUAUCUGACGGCCUGAAGUACUCUCUGGCUACAGGGAACUGGGGGGAUCAGAAGAAGGCCCACCAGGCCCGAGCGGGAGUGUCUCAGGUGCUGAACCGCCUGACCUUCGCCUCCACCCUCUCCCACUUACGUCGCUUGAAUUCUCCCAUCGGGCGAGACGGGAAGCUCGCGAAGCCACGGCAGCUGCACAACACCCUGUGGGGGAUGGUGUGUCCCGCCGAGACGCCAGAGGGCCAUGCGGUCGGCCUGGUGAAGAACCUCGCCCUGAUGGCCUACAUCUCCGUGGGCUCACAGCCGUCGCCAAUCCUGGAGUUUUUGGAAGAGUGGAGCAUGGAGAACCUGGAGGAGAUCUCCCCUGCAGCCAUCGCCGACGCCACCAAGAUCUUUGUCAACGGCUGCUGGGUCGGAAUCCACAAAGACCCCGAGCAACUGAUGAACACUCUGAGGAAGCUGCGCCGCCAGAUGGACAUCAUCGUGUCGGAGGUGUCCAUGAUCAGAGACAUCCGUGAGCGAGAGAUCCGGAUCUACACGGACGCGGGCCGGAUCUGCAGGCCCCUGCUCAUUGUGGAGAAACAGAAGCUGCUCCUCAAGAAGAGACACAUCGAUCAGCUCAAGGAGCGAGAGUACAACAACUACAGUUGGCAGGAUCUGGUGGCUAGUGGAGUGGUGGAGUACAUCGACACCCUGGAGGAGGAAACUGUGAUGCUGGCAAUGACCCCGGACGAUCUGCAGGAGAAGGGAGUUGCCUAUUGUUCCACUUACACACACUGCGAGAUUCAUCCGUCCAUGAUCCUGGGGGUGUGCGCCUCCAUCAUUCCUUUCCCUGACCACAAUCAGUCUCCUAGGAACACGUACCAGUCUGCCAUGGGUAAGCAGGCGAUGGGCGUCUACAUCACCAACUUCCACGUGCGAAUGGACACCCUGGCUCACGUGCUGUAUUACCCGCAGAAGCCUCUGGUGACCACCCGCUCUAUGGAGUAUCUGCGCUUCAGGGAGUUGCCUGCAGGGAUCAACUCAAUUGUGGCCAUUGCGUCGUACACUGGGUACAACCAAGAGGACUCUGUCAUCAUGAACCGUUCUGCUGUGGACCGAGGCUUUUUCAGAUCCGUCUUCUAUCGAUCUUACAAGGAACAGGAGUCGAAGAAAGGCUUUGAUCAAGAAGAAGUUUUUGAGAAACCGACGCGGGAAACCUGCCAAGGAAUGAGGCACGCCAUCUACGACAAGCUGGAUGACGAUGGCCUGAUCGCCCCAGGCGUGCGUGUGUCGGGAGACGACGUCAUCAUUGGGAAGACCGUCACCCUGCCGGAAAACGAGGACGAGCUGGAGAGCACCAACAGGCGGUACACCAAACGCGACUGCAGCACUUUCCUCCGCACGAGCGAGACGGGGAUCGUGGACCAGGUUAUGGUCACGCUCAACCAGGAAGGCUACAAGUUCUGCAAGAUUCGGGUUCGCUCCGUUCGGAUCCCCCAGAUAGGAGACAAAUUUGCCAGUCGACAUGGGCAGAAGGGUACCUGUGGUAUCCAGUAUCGACAAGAGGAUAUGCCUUUCACCUGUGAGGGCAUCACACCAGACAUCAUCAUCAACCCCCACGCCAUCCCCUCCCGGAUGACUAUUGGUCACUUGAUUGAGUGUCUUCAGGGAAAGGUUUCAGCCAACAAGGGAGAAAUCGGUGACGCCACGCCCUUUAACGAUGCAGUCAACGUACAGAAGAUUUCCAACCUGCUCUCUGACUACGGCUACCAUCUCAGGGGCAAUGAGGUUCUCUACAACGGCUUCACUGGACGCAAAAUCACCUCGCAAAUCUUCAUCGGCCCCACAUACUACCAGCGCCUGAAGCACAUGGUGGACGACAAGAUCCACUCUCGGGCCCGAGGGCCCAUCCAAAUCCUUAACAGGCAGCCCAUGGAGGGGAGAUCACGGGAUGGCGGCCUGCGAUUUGGAGAGAUGGAGCGUGACUGUCAGAUUGCCCAUGGAGCAGCUCAGUUCCUGAGGGAGAGGCUGUUUGAGGCCUCGGACCCCUACCAGGUUCAUGUGUGUAACCUCUGUGGCAUCAUGGCCAUCGCCAACACCAGGACCCACACGUACGAGUGCCGUGGCUGCCGCAACAAAACCCAGAUCUCCCUGGUGCGAAUGCCGUAUGCCUGCAAACUUCUGUUCCAAGAGCUGAUGUCCAUGAGCAUUGCCCCGCGCAUGAUGAGCGUUUAGCGAUCCGGUGCACCCUGCCCGGGCCCGCACUUGACACCCUGCGCUUCAUUUGGCCGGUUGGCUUUAUUUGUAAAUAGACAAUAAACAUUUUGUAGUUAGA